UGGAUAUUACUUUUUUAUUCAGUCACACAUGCAACACGACAAAAUUCAGGGAAGAUUAAAGAAUUAUCAUCCAAUGACAGGGAAUCUUUGUGUAUCCUUUUGGUAUUACAUGGCAGGUAGCAAUUCUAGUUUUCUUAGACUCUAUCGAUAUUUUGAAAGUACUGAAUUUAUUACUCACAAAAUAGAAGGGACUACGUUUGGUGACUGGAGAAAGGAUACCGUACAUAUAUCAUCAAAUAAUACUGAAAUAUAUUACCUCCUUUUGGAAGGUUUAUUCAACAACACCGAGGAAGGUAUUAUAGCAGUUGACGACAUUACUGUCCUAAAUGGUUCUUGUCCAGGGGAAGACAUUUCAGAGGAUCGAUUCUUUCAAGAACAUUGUUUGGACAUUGAUGACAAUUUCACAAUAGAUGGCUGUCCAUCAUUGUAUCUUGACACAAGCGACUUUCACUUAGAUUUUGAACCAGCACUCGAAACCUCAAAUAUUGAAUGCAAAGGAAUAGAAAACAAUACUAAGGAAAAUUUGUUAAACCUGUGUAAAGACGAUAUAUUUUCAAUAUGCGAUGUCAAUCCACAUGCCGUAAUUGGCUCUAAGGGACAGGAAUGCAUGAUUUACAAUAAAGAUAUUGUUUUAGAAUAUUCUUGUACAGAAUUACCAUCAAUAAAUGAGUACAGUACUGUCCCAUAUAACACGGAGGAAAUUGUUGACUUGACACUUGUGGCCGUGGCCAUUGCUGCUUGUGUUGGAUUGAUUGCCUGUCUAAUCAUUGCCGGGAUAUGCAUAUUCAAACGACAAACAGAAAACCAACGAACACUCAACAACGAUAACACAAGUCGCAAAUCUGACAGUAUCAAUAUCGGUAAAACAAAUAAAGUAAGGAGUACAACAAAAAUAGAUGCUUCCCUGGCUGUUCAUGAAUAUAUAGACAUUGAUUUGUGUAAAGGAACUUCGGUUUCUGAUCAAUCGAAAAACAAGGAAAACGUGAUUGCGUAUGAAUUAGCAAAGCCUCUAACGUCUGAUACUGGGAGUGCCUUUCCAUAUGAUCUAGCGAAACCACAAAGUACGGUUGUUAAAGAUAUUCGCUCUUACGACAUUGGUGGAUCGAUUAUACCGAAUGAAUGUUCUGCGUAUGACACAACUAAAAUGAACGAUACCACAAUAUAUAACGGCUACAACGAGACAGAAAACAUUCCUAUUUAUAGUCGAACAUUUGACGGAUUAUAUGAUGUUGCAAGCAGCGGAAAACGAAAUGUUAGAAGCGAUAAUACAUAUGAGCAUUGCGCUAUUCAAGACAAACAAUGAUAACAAUAACUGGUUUACGGUAACUUACCAUGUCAUAAGCAAAGAUAUGUUAAGUUCUGUAUAUGUAAUAAAUCCAAAGACGGAUGGCAUUAAUACAAUAAUUGUUUUCUAAGUAUUUUUAUUGGCAUUUAAAACUGACGUUAUUUAUUUUAUAAAUGUUCAAAACAUGAGUGAAGGACAAAAAGUCACACCAAAAUUAUUAUUCUGUUGAUCAUUUAACACUUUAAAAUUAAAUGCCGAUUUUCUGUUCGGAAUACAUUUGACCAUAAACUCAUAGGGAAUACAUUUUACCAUAAACUUACAGUAUUAAGAUAAAUAAAAAACCUGAAAACGCGUACAGGGGACUCA